GUCUCUGGUCUGUGGGGUGUCCACCCUCUCAGUGCAGUGGGGUGAUGAGCUCCAUCUCUGAGGUUCCUCUUCUGUGAACGGGGAGGCCCUGUGCUCCACCCCAGCUUCCGUGGCCUUCCCCCAGUGCCCAUCCCACUGCCUUCCUUCUCUUUUCUUUUCUCCCACAACCGCCCAGAAACCCUCCGUGUCAGAGAUGCUGCCGCUGCUGCUGCCCCUGCUGUGGGCAGGGUCCCUGGCUGAGGAUAAAGGAUACCGGCUGACAGUGCAGGAGUCUGUGACGGUGCAGGAGGGCCUGUGUGUCUUCGUGCCUUGCACUGUCAUCUAUCCCCCGGAAAACUGGAGGGAUUCUACCCCAUUUCACGGCUACUGGUUCCGGGAAGGGGCCAAUGUACACCAAGACGCUCCAGUGGCCACAAACAACCCAGGUCGUAAAGUUCAGGAGGAGACUCAGGGCCGAUUUCACCUCCUCGGGGAUCCUCAGAACUCCAACUGCUCCCUGGACAUCAGAGAUGCCAAGAGGACGGAUGAUGGAAAAUACUUUUUUCGGAUGGGCGGUAGAAAACUGUCAUGGAGUUACACAUCUAACUUGCUCUCCGUGCAUGUGACGCCCCUGACUCACAGGCCCCACAUCCUCAUCCCGGGCACCCUGGAGUCCGGCCGCCCCAGGAACCUGACCUGCUCUGUGCCCUGGGCCUGUGAGCGAGGCAUUCAUCCCAUCUUCUCCUUGACCUCAGCUGCCCUCACCUCCAUCAACCCCAACAAUCAUCUCUCCUCCGUGAUCUCCCUCGUCCCUCGACCCCAGGACCACGGCAGCAACCUCACCUGUCAGGUGAAGUUCCCUGCAUCUGGUGUGACUGUGGAGAGAACCGUCCAGCUCAACGUCACCUACUCUGCACAGAACUUGACCAUAACUGUCUUCCAAGGAAAUGGCACAGUUCCUCUAGGGAAAUCAGGGCCCAGGGCAGAGGUGGUGCUGGUGGCCAUCGGGGAAGUGGCUGUCAAGACCCUGCUCCUCCUUCUCUGCCUCAUCGUCCUCAUUCCCUACAGGGAAAUCAGGGCCCAGGUGGUGCUGGUGGCCAUCGGGGAAGUGGCUGUCAAGUCCCUGCUCCUCCUUCUCUGCCUCAUCGUCCUCAUGGCUCCUUCGGCCCGAUUGACCCUCAUCACAGAACAUGUCAUAUUGCUCUGUGAGAACCUGCUGUGUCUUGCUUAUGGGGGACCAGGGUUUGACUUUCUUUCUAUCUCUCUAGAAAUGAAAUUUGUGAGGAACGGCUCUUCUCUUCCAGUCCUGAAAGGGGACUCUCUGCGCCUGGUCUGUGUCGCUGACAGCAACCCUCCCGCCACGCUGAGCUGGGCCCAGGGGAGCCAGACCUUGAGCCCCUCCCAGCCCUCAGACCCCGGGGUCCUGGAGCUGCCCCGGGUGGAGUCGGAGCAUGAAGGCGAAUUUACCUGCCGAGCUCAGCACCCACGGGGCUCCCUGAGCAUCUCCCUGCACCUCUCUGUGCACUAUCCUCCACAGCUGUUGGGACCCUCCUGCUCCUGGGAGGAAGAGGGGCUGCACUGCAGCUGCUCCUCCCGAGCCCAGCCGGCCCCCUCCGUGCGCUGGCAGCUGGGAGAGAGGCUGCUGGAAGGGAACCUCAGCAAUGCCUCCUUCAAGGUCACCUUCAGCUCAGAGGGUCCCUGGGCCAACAGCUCCCUGAGCCUCAGAGAGCAGCUCUGUUCCAGCCUUGGGCUCAGAUGUGAGGCUGAGAAUGUCCAUGGGAAACAGACAGUGAAUAUCCUGCUGCUGCCAGGAAGACCAGGACUCAGGACAUGUAUGGUUCAGGGGGCUGUCAUGGGAGCUGGUGUCACAGCCUUGCUCACUCUCUGCCUCAUCUUCUUUGUGUGAGUGG